AUGCGGGGUCUUUAUGAGGACAAAGUUGCUCGGCGGGGUCAAAGCGAUCUUGUGUCAAAGUAUGAAGUUCAUCGUGGCCAAUCCCAGAUUUCGCAAAUGUCGCCACCAGCCAAAUUGGAUCGGCGGGUCGACCUCUUCGACGACGAGCAAAAGUAUUUUUUGGCUGGUGGCGACAUUCGCCCAAUCUUGGAUCGCCCAUGA